CUCCUGCAGCGCUGCCACGGCUCCGGAGCCACGUACCUGUUCCAACGGGAUAAGUUCUAUGACAUGUCUUACGACACAGGGGACAAGAGCCCACAGUGCGGCCGGCGCGUGGACUGCCUCAAGCUCUGGCUGCUCUGGAAAGCCACCGGUACCCAGGGGCUGGCCCGGCGCGUAGAGCGUGCCUUUGCCUGCUCCCGGUACCUGGCAGAGGAAGUGAAGAGGAGGGACGGCUUUGAGCUGGGGCUGGGGCCGGAGUUCAUCAAUCUCUGCUUCUGGUUCGUGCCCCCCAGCCUGCGGGGCCGCGAGAGCUGCCCCAAUUACUGGCCCAGCCUGGGCAAGGUGGCCCCUGCCAUCAAGGAGAGGAUGAUGAGGAAGGGCUCCAUGAUGGUGGGGUACCAGCCCCACGGCACCCGUGUCAACUUCUUCCGCCAGAUCGUCACGAGCCCUGCAGUCACCAGGGCGGACCUGGACUUCUUCCUGGAUGAGAUCGAGAGGUUGGGAUGGGACCUGUGA